GAGGUUGGCCCAACCGCCCCGCGCGCUGUCCCUCCCGGCCCCGGCGCAGGCGCGGGCGCACGCGCCGCCGCAGACUGCCGUUCCUUCCCUCCGGCGGAGGCAAACCCUAACAGCCCGUCCUCCGCCAGACCCCCCAGCCUUUCACGUUGCUUUCCAUCGAACUCUGCAAAUUUUGCAAUAGGGGGAGGGAUUUUUAAAAUUGCAUUUGCAAAGUUCGGUAUCUGGGCAGGAGAAGAGGAGAGGGAGGGAAUGGGAAGAAGGCCCCGCCUCUACCGCCCUUUGCAAAUAAAAAUCUAGAAGGGGGGAGGAGGAGCAGGAAGUGGCGGUGCGAGGGCUGCUGCACUGCUAGCACAGCCGAGGUCCGGACGGCAGCGCGUGCCCCGAGCUCUCCGCCUAUCCCCGCCCGCCUGCCCGAGCCCAGCCCGCGGCCCCAAGCAGCAGUGCCGACAGCAGCCCCAGCACCAACGCCAUGGCCGGGUGGAACGCCUACAUCGACAACCUCAUGGCGGACGGGACCUGUCAGGACGCGGCCAUCGUGGGCUAUAAGGACUCGCCCUCUGUCUGGGCCGCCGUCCCCGGGAAAACCUUCGUCAACAUCACGCCAGCUGAAGUCGGUGUCCUGGUUGGCAAAGAUCGGUCAAGUUUUUUUGUGAAUGGGCUGACACUUGGGGGUCAGAAAUGUUCUGUGAUCCGGGACUCACUGCAUCAGGAUGGGGAAUUUACCAUGGAUCUUCGUACCAAGAGCACUGGUGGAGCCCCUACUUUCAACGUCACUGUCACCAUGACUGCCAAGACGCUAGUCCUGCUGAUGGGCAAAGAAGGUGUCCACGGUGGUAUGAUCAACAAGAAAUGUUAUGAAAUGGCCUCCCACCUGCGGCGUGCCCAGUACUGACCUCGUCUGUCCCUUCCCCUCCCACCAUUCCCAACUGCUUUUGCACCCCCUCCUUCCCGAACACACACAUACACAAUUUUUAUUUGGGGGGUCAUUACCCCGUAUCCUUUAUUGCUGCCAAAACCACAUGGGCUGGGGGCUGGGGCUGGAUGGACAGAUACCUCCCCCUACCCAUAACCCUUCCUAUGUGUGGUUGGAAAAACUUUGGUUUUGUUUCUGAUUUUUUUUUUUUGGUGUUUUGUUUUUUUUUUUUUUCUGAAUAAAAAAAGAUUCUA